AACGAGGCAGCAGCACGUGUACGCUGGUUUUCAUUUUAAGAUUGACACCAACGACACAUUGUUGAGUCGAGUGAUUUCGGUUACUUAUUUUCCUUCUUCUGUCUUUACCACCACCCCACUUCUCACGCUUCUCUCUUUUGCUUCAUAACCAGGUUCAAACAUUAACGGAUCCAGUUUGUUUGAUUUCUAGCCUACGGUGGUGUUAUUGAGUGUAAAAGUCUAUGUGCUGGUUUUGAACCAACUUUAAGCGAUGAUUCUUUCUGCCCUUCUUACUUCUGUCGGAAUUAAUCUUGGCCUCUGUUUUUUAUUUUUCACCCUAUAUUCUAUAUUGAGAAAGCAGCCUGGUAAUAUAACUGUAUAUGCACCACGCUUAGUUGCUGAAGGAAAAGUUAAAGAGGGUGGUUAUUUUAACUUGGAAAGGUUGUUGCCUACUGCUGGUUGGGUGAGGCAGGCAUGGGAGCCUUCUGAGGAUGAAUUUUUAUCAAAUUCAGGCUUAGAUGCUUUUGUCUUCAUGCGAAUAUUUAUCUUUAGUUUAAAAGUAUUUGCCGUUGGUGGAAUUAUUGGCAUGUCUGUUCUUCUUCCAAUUAAUUAUAUGGGGAGUCAGCUUAGUGAUGAUUCGGAUUUUCAACACAAGUCUUUGGACUCAUUCAGUAUCUCUAAUGUUAACAAUGGUUCAAACAGGUUAUGGAUCCAUUUUUCUGCUGCAUAUAUUUUCACUGGAAUUGUUUGCUAUCUUCUUUAUAAUGAGUAUUGGUACCUUUCAUCAAAAAGAAUUGCUUAUUUCUAUUCAUCCAAGCCUCAGCCUCAUCAGUUUACCUUAUUGGUUCGUGGUAUUCCUGUUCCACCUGGAAGUACAUGUCAUGAAACUGUUGAGCGUUUUUUCUUAGAGUAUCACCCAUCUACGUAUCUCUCUCAUUCAGUGGUCCGCCGAAGCAACAAACUUCAAAGUCUUGUUAAUGACGCAGAAAAACUGUACAAGAGGCUUACCCAUCUGAAACAAAAAAAUGAUGCUCCUAAAAGGCACAGGCGUGAUGGGUGUUUGGGACUUUUUGGCCGAAAAGUUGAUAUAGAUCAUUAUGAAAGGAGAUUGGGUGAUAUAGAAGAUAAUGUGAGAACAGAACAGUCCUCACUAGAAGCAAAGGAAGUUCGAGCUGCCUUUGUCUCAUUUAAGACACGAUUUGGUGCUGCAAUAGCUUUACACAUCCAAGAAAGUGUCAAUCCCACAGAAUGGAUCACUGAGAAAGCUCCUGAGCCUCAUGAUGUUUAUUGGCCUUUCUUUACCGUUUCAUUCAUUAAAAGAUGGAUCAGCAAGCUGGUAGUUUUUGUUGCAUGUACUUCUCUUACAGUUCUUUUUUUGAUCCCAGUUGCAAUAGUACAAGGUCUUACCAAUCUCGAUCAAUUGGAAACAUGGUUCCCUUUUUUGAGAGGCAUACUAAGACUGUCAGUUGUGAGUCAAGUUAUAACGGGAUACCUUCCCAGUUUGAUUCUUCAGUUGUUUCUGUCAUUUGUUCCACCUAUUAUGAUUAUGCUUUCAUCCAUGCAAGGAUACAUUUCAUGGAGUCAAAUACAAAAAAGUGCAUGCACUAAAGUAUUAUGGUUUACCAUUUGGAACAUUUUCUUUGCGAAUGUACUAUCAGGGUCAGCUCUCUAUCGAGUGAGAAUCUUUCUUGAGCCAAAAGAGAUUCCUAGAAUACUAGGUGAAGCUGUACCGUCACAGGCAUCCUUCUUCAUAUCAUAUGUUGUGACUUCUGGAUGGACCACUAUAGCAUCAGAACUCUUUCAAUUGACAAAACUUAUUUCCAAUUUUAUAAGUAGAAUUUUUGGUGGAAACAGUGAUGAUGAUUUUGAGCCCCCAUCAAUUCCCUACCAUAGUGAAAUUCCCAGGAUUCGUCUCUUUGGUCUUCUUGGUGUAACAUACUUCAUCCUUGCUCCACUGAUAAUUCCAUUUCUCUUGAUCUACUUUUGUUUGGGAUACAUCAUUUUCCGCAAUCAGCUGUUGAAAGUUUAUGUGGCAAAGUAUGAGACUGGAGGACAGUUUUGGCCUACAGUACACAACUCCACAAUUUUUUCAUUGAUACUGAUGCAUAUAAUAGCCAUUGGUAUUUUUGGUUUGAAGAAGCUUCCUCUAGCAUCCAUAUUGACUCUUCCUCUUCCAAUUCUAACACUUCUAUUCAAUGAGUAUUGCCAGAAACGGUUCUUCCCUACAUUCAAGGAUUAUCCUGCUGAGUGUUUGAUCAAGAAGGAUAGAGCAGACGAAAACGAGCAUAACAUGCCUGAAUUUUACGACAAGUUGGCCAAUGCAUACAAUGAUCCAGCUCUGAUGCCAAAGAAAUAUUCUGAAAGGUCUGAUAGUCACAGAUCUCCACUUCUUCAUAGCUCUGAAUAGUUCAUAGCUACAUUCCUAUGGGGUUGGGUGCGACUGUAUAUAAGGCAAUGUGUUUUCACUUUGACUUCCUUCUGGUUUAUUUGGUUGUCCUUGGUGUAGCAUAUCUGUUGUUUUCUUGUAAAUUUUUAGAAUUGUGAAUUUAAUCUUAUAACAGUGUGGAAACUUGUAACGACUGUGCCAACUUGUAACAUCAGUAUAAGCAACUUCAAGGCCGUAUUUUUGUGA